AUGCUGCAUUCUAAAAAGCUGAUUCUCAGCUUCGUCAUCGCCGCAAAUCUCAUCGUGGCGCUCCUCUACCUCUACUUCGACUCCCUCUCGUCAUCACACAACAGGAACUCUGCCGCCUCAAGGCACCAGAACCAGCAACAACAACGCCCACCACCAUACGAACAACAGCACGGACUGCCUCAAGUCGGGAAGGGUCUCGUUCCACGUCCAACCUUCAACCCCAACGAGCGGUACCUGGCCUACCUGCCCCACUCGGGUUUCCACAACCAGCGCAUCACCCUCGAGAACGCCCUCCUCCUGGCCAACUACCUCAACCGCACUCUCCUGGUUCCACCAGUCUUCUUGGGACCCGCAACUGAGUGGCGUACCUUUGACAUCCUUCUCCGUCGAAUCCUUCUCCAGACCAAGCGCGGACUCGACCACUGUGGACGAAUUGGCAAGGGUGACCCUCUCCCCGCAGAGUGUCUCAACUACUACUCCUGGACGACCGUCGAGUGGGACUUUUUCUACGACAUGGAAAAGAUCAACAAGGUGCAGCCUUGGAAGUACAGACCCGACCACUCGUUUGCCUGGAUGGAGGCUCACCUCGGAAUCGAUCGCAACAAGGACGUCCAUAUCGUUUACGACGAGGUCCACUACGACUACCAGAUCUACGACAACCCCGAAAGCACCUACCCCCUCGACGGCGGCCGCUAUUCUCGCAAGCUGGAACUCAAGGAGCUCUCGGACAGGACGGAGCGGGUACUUCACAUGGGAUCGCUCUUUGCAACAGGAAGAGUCCGCGCCGAGCUGCCAGAGCACAAGGCCUUCCAGCAGUACCUAAGACGGUCCAUGAUUCUUUCGACCCCAGUCCUCACAAGCACCUCAAACACCAUCGUGGACAAACUGGGAGGUCUCGGAACCUUUGUUGGUCUUCAUCUGCGUGUAGGGGAUGGCAUGUUUGUCCAGCCAGCCCCCGAUAACAUUGAAAACAUGUUCAAGAGCCUAGUCAACAUUACCGGCAUCACCCCCAUCCCCAACUAUCAGGCAUCGCCCGCCUCGACCCCUGGCGACAGUGCCGCUGCAGGCAACAACAACAAUAAGAACAGAUCUGGACCCGAGCGAUUGGAUGAUGUUCAGUGCAGGGCCCGUAAGAACGAAGGUGGACGAUACACGACCAUCUACAUUGCGACCGACGGUGUCUAUCCUCGCCGAAACAUUCUCUUCCGCAAGCUGUUCGACCACUUCCCCUGCAUCUUUACUCUGGACGACUUUUCGGAUCACUUGGCCGAGCUCAAGGACAAGAAGAACUAUGACGGCGUUGGACUGAGCAAGGAUCUUAUCCCCAUGGUCGACGCCGUUGUCUCUGCCAAGGGCAGCCACUUCUUCGGCACCCCCAAGAGCACCUUUUCGUAA